AUGGGGAGAGCUCCAUGCUGUGAUAAAAAUGGCCUUAAAAAAGGUCCCUGGACUCCCGAGGAGGAUCAAAAGCUCGUUAGAUAUAUUCAAAUUCACGGACCCGGGAAUUGGCGUAAUCUUCCUAAAAAUGCUGGACUUCGACGAUGUGGAAAGAGUUGUCGACUUCGAUGGACUAAUUAUCUUAGACCUGAUAUUAAGCGAGGGAGAUUUGCCUUUGAAGAAGAAGAGACCAUAAUCCAAUUGCACAGUGUUCUAGGAAACAAAUGGUCGGCGAUAGCGGCUCGUUUGCCUGGAAGAACGGAUAACGAGAUCAAGAAUUACUGGAACACCCACAUAAGAAAAAGGCUCCUACGAAUGGGAAUCGACCCGGUGACUCAUACUCCACGGAUCGAUCUUCUCGACCUACCGUCGAUUCUCACGGCGGCCAUCUGCAGCCACCCACUCCUGAGCCUGUCAACGUUAUUGAACAACAACCAAGCCGCCGGCUUAAAUUCUGAAUCUCUAAGGCUGAUUUCUACACUCUUAGCCAUCAAACAAGAAGACCCAAAUGACAAUCGUUUCCUUCUCCAAGCUCAGGCUCAGGCUCAGCUUCAAGCUCAAAUGGAUACAUUAUCGCAGCUGUUACAGCCGAAUGAUAACGUUAAUGACGCAAAUGCUUCUUCGAUGCCAAUUUCUACGUUUGAUGAGUUCCCAUAUUCACAAGAGAAUCUAAAUUUUUUGCCGUCAAAUUUGAGUGGUGGGGAUGUUUUGGUGAACCAACCCAAUUACGUGUACGGUGAGAAUGGCUCGAAUCCUACGGCUUCAGAUUUACCAGAAAUCUGGAAUAAUGAUGUCCAGAAUUUAGGGUUUGAUUGUGUAAUAUCGACGCCAAAAUCAAGCCCCACGCCGUUGAAUUCUUCGUCUACUUGCGUUAACAACAGCAGCAGCAACGAGGAUGAGCGGGAUAGUUACUGUAGUAACUUUUUACAGUUUGAAAUUCCUGAAGGUUUAGACUUUGCAGAUUUGAUGUAA